AUGACCCGGAGCCUGUUUGGGUUUCGAAAAAACGAUGAAAUGAAAGCUAUGGAUGUUUUGCCAAUUUUAAAGGAAAAAGUUGCAUACCUUUCAGGUGGCAGAGAUAAACGUGGAGGUCCCAUUUUAACGUUUCCAGCCCGCAGCAAUCAUGAUAGAAUACGACAGGAGGACCUCAGGAGACUGAUUUCGUAUCUAGCCUGUAUCCCUAGUGAAGAAGUCUGCAAGCGAGGAUUCACGGUGAUCGUGGACAUGCGUGGGUCCAAGUGGGACUCCAUUAAGCCUCUUCUGAAGAUACUGCAGGAGUCCUUUCCCUGUUGCAUCCAUGUUGCCCUGAUAAUCAAGCCAGACAACUUUUGGCAGAAACAGAGGACUAAUUUUGGCAGUUCUAAAUUUGAAUUUGAGACAAAUAUGGUCUCUUUAGAAGGCCUUACCAAAGUAGUUGAUCCUUCUCAGCUCACCCCCGAGUUUGAUGGCUGCUUGGAGUACAACCAUGAAGAAUGGAUUGAAAUCAGAGUUGCUUUUGAAGACUACAUUAGCAAUGCGACCCACAUGCUGUCUCGGCUGGAGGAACUUCAGGACAUCCUCGCCAAGAAGGAAUUGCCUCAGGAUUUAGAGGGGGCUCGGAAUAUGAUCGAGGAGCAUUCGCAGCUGAAGAAGAAGGUGAUUAAAGCCCCCAUAGAAGACUUGGAUUUAGAGGGACAGAAGCUGCUUCAGAGGAUUCAGAGCAGUGACAGCUUUCCCAAAAAGAACUCCGGCUCGGGCAACGCGGACCUGCAGAGCCUCCUACCCAAGGUGUCUGCCAUGUUGGACCGGCUGCACUCAACUCGGCAGCACCUGCAUCAGAUGUGGCACGUGAGGAAGCUGAAGCUGGACCAGUGCUUUCAGCUGAGGCUGUUUGAACAGGAUGCCGAGAAGAUGUUUGACUGGAUCACACACAACAAGGGCCUGUUUCUGAACAGCUACACCGAGAUUGGGACCAGCCAUCCUCACGCAAUGGAGCUCCAGACACAGCACAACCACUUUGCCAUGAACUGUAUGAACGUGUAUGUAAACAUAAACCGCAUAAUGUCGGUGGCAAAUCGCUUGGUAGAGUCUGGCCACUACGCCUCUCAGCAGAUCAAGCAGAUUGCGAACCAGCUGGAGCAGGAGUGGAAGGCAUUUGCGGCAGCCCUGGAUGAGCGGAGCACCUUGCUGGACAUGUCCUCCAUUUUCCACCAGAAGGCUGAGAAGUACAUGAGCAACGUGGACUCGUGGUGUAAAGCCUGUGGAGAGGUGGACCUUCCCUCGGAGCUGCAUGACCUGGAGGACGCCAUUCACCACCAUCAGGGGGUAUACGAGCACAUCACUCUUGCUUAUUCUGAGGUGAGCCAGGACGGGAAGUCGCUCCUCGACAAGCUCCAGCGGCCGCUGACUCCCGGCAGCUCCGACUCCCUGACGGCCUCCGCCAACUACUCCAAGGCGGUGCACCACGUCCUCGACAUCAUCCACGAGGUGCUGCACCACCAGCGGCAGCUCGAAAACAUCUGGCAGCACCGCAAGGUCCGGCUGCACCAGCGGCUGCAGCUCUGUGUCUUCCAGCAGGACGUGCAGCAGGUGCUGGACUGGAUUGAGAAUCAUGGAGAAGCGUUUCUCAGCAAACAUACGGGUGUGGGGAAAUCACUUCAUCGGGCCAGAGCUUUGCAGAAACGCCAUGAAGAUUUUGAAGAAGUAGCCCAGAACACAUAUACCAACGCGGAUAAAUUACUGGAAGCAGCAGAACAGCUGGCGCAGACCGGGGAAUGUGACCCAGAAGAGAUUUAUCAGGCUGCCCAUCAGCUUGAAGACCGGAUACAAGAUUUUGUUCGGCGUGUAGAGCAGCGGAAGAUCCUGCUGGACAUGUCGGUCUCGUUUCACAGCCAUGUCAAGGAGCUGUGGACGUGGCUGGAGGAGCUGCAGAAGGAGCUUCUGGAUGACGUGUAUGCCGAGUCGGUGGAGGCCGUGCAGGACCUCAUCAAGCGCUUUGGCCAGCAGCAGCAGACGACCCUGCAAGUGACGGUGAACGUGAUCAAGGAAGGGGAGGACCUCAUACAGCAGCUGAGGGACUCUGCCAUUUCCAGCAACAAGACCCCCCACAACAGCUCCAUCAGCCACAUCGAGACAGUGCUGCAGCAGCUGGACGAGGCCCAGGCCCAGAUGGAGGAGCUCUUCCAGGAGCGCAAGAUCAAGCUGGAGCUCUUCCUGCAGCUGCGCGUGUUCGAGAGGGAUGCCAUCGAUAUCAUCUCAGACCUUGAGUCUUGGAAUGAUGAGCUUUCUCAGCAAAUGAACGACUUUGACACAGAAGAUCUCACAAUAGCGGAACAGCGCCUGCAGCACCACGCAGACAAAGCUCUGACCAUGAAUAACUUAACCUUCGAUGUCAUCCACCAAGGGCAGGACCUUCUGCAGUAUGUCAAUGAAGUGCAGGCCUCUGGCGUGGAGCUGCUUUGCGACAGAGACGUAGACAUGGCCACCCGGGUCCAGGACUUGCUGGAGUUCCUUCACGAGAAGCAGCAGGAGCUGGAUGUUGCGGCUGAGCAGCAUCGGAAGCACCUGGAACAGUGUGUGCAGCUUCGCCACCUGCAGGCCGAGGUGAAGCAGGUGCUGGGCUGGAUCCGCAACGGAGAGUCGAUGCUGAAUGCCGGACUCAUCACAGCCAGCUCCUUGCAGGAGGCAGAGCAGCUGCAGAGGGAGCACGAGCAGUUCCAGCACGCCAUCGAGAAGACACAUCAGAGUGCGCUGCAGGUGCAGCAGAAGGCGGAGGCCAUGCUGCAGGCCAAUCACUAUGACAUGGACAUGAUCAGGGACUGUGCCGAGAAAGUGGCGUCUCACUGGCAACAGCUCAUGCUCAAGAUGGAAGACCGCCUCAAGCUGGUGAACGCGUCUGUCGCCUUCUACAAAACCUCAGAGCAGGUCUGCAGCGUCCUCGAGAGCCUGGAGCAGGAGUACAAGAGAGAAGAGGACUGGUGUGGAGGGGCCGACAAACUGGGCCCCAACUCCGAGACAGACCACGUCACCCCAAUGAUCAGCAAGCAUCUGGAGCAAAAGGAAGCGUUCCUGAAGGCUUGCACACUUGCUAGAAGGAAUGCAGAUGUCUUCCUGAAGUACCUGCACAGGAAUAGUGUGAACAUGCCGGGAAUGGUGACCCACAUCAAAGCUCCUGAACAACAAGUAAAAAAUAUCUUGAAUGAACUCUUCCAGCGGGAGAACAGGGUAUUGCAUUAUUGGACCAUGAGGAAGAGACGGCUAGACCAGUGCCAGCAGUAUGUGGUCUUUGAACGAAGUGCCAAGCAGGCUUUAGAGUGGAUCCAUGACAACGGAGAGUUCUACCUUUCCACACAUACGUCCACGGGUUCCAGCAUACAGCACACACAGGAGCUCCUGAAAGAGCAUGAGGAGUUUCAGAUCACCGCGAAGCAAACCAAAGAGAGAGUGAAGCUGUUGAUACAGCUGGCUGAUGGCUUUUGUGAAAAAGGGCAUGCCCAUGCAGCAGAGAUAAAAAAAUGUGUCACUGCAGUGGAUAAGAGGUACAGGGAUUUCUCUCUGCGGAUGGAGAAGUACAGGACCUCUUUGGAGAAAGCCCUGGGGAUUUCUUCAGAUUCCAACAAAUCGAGUAAAAGUCUUCAGCUGGACAUAAUCCCCGCCAGUGUCCCUGGGUCAGAGGUGAAGCUUCGCGAUGCUGCUCAUGAACUUAACGAAGAAAAACGGAAGUCGGCCCGCAGGAAAGAGUUCAUAAUGGCGGAGCUAAUUCAAACUGAAAAGGCUUACGUGAGGGACCUCCGGGAGUGUAUGGAUACAUACCUGUGGGAGAUGACCAGCGGGGUGGAGGAGAUCCCGGCCGGCAUCGUAAACAGAGAGCUCGUCAUCUUCGGGAACAUGCAGGAAAUCUAUGAGUUUCACAAUAACAUAUUUCUGAAAGAGCUGGAAAAAUAUGAGCAGUUGCCAGAAGACGUUGGACACUGCUUUGUUACUUGGGCAGACAAGUUUCAGAUGUAUGUCACGUAUUGCAAAAAUAAGCCGGAUUCUACUCAGCUGAUACUAGAGCAUGCAGGGUCCUACUUUGAUGAAAUACAACAGCGGCAUGGAUUAGCCAAUUCCAUCUCUUCUUACCUUAUUAAGCCGGUUCAGCGAAUAACAAAGUAUCAGCUUCUUUUAAAAGAGCUACUCACUUGCUGUGAGGAAGGAAAAGGGGAGAUAAAAGACGGCCUCGAGGUGAUGCUUAGUGUGCCAAAGCGGGCCAACGAUGCCAUGCACCUCAGCAUGCUGGAAGGGUUUGACGAAAAUAUUGAGUCUCAGGGAGAACUCAUCCUGCAGGAAUCCUUCCAAGUGUGGGACCCAAAAACCUUAAUUCGAAAGGGUCGAGAACGGCAUCUCUUCCUUUUUGAAAUGUCUUUAGUAUUUAGUAAAGAAGUGAAAGAUUCCAGUGGGAGAAGCAAGUACCUUUAUAAAAGCAAAUUGUUUACCUCAGAGCUGGGUGUCACAGAGCACGUGGAAGGAGACCCUUGCAAGUUUGCGCUGUGGGUGGGGAGGACGCCAGCCUCAGACAAUAAAAUCGUCCUUAAGGCUUCCAGCAUAGAAAACAAGCAGGACUGGAUAAAGCACAUCCGCGAAGUGAUACAGGAAAGGACAAUUCACCUGAAAGGGGCCCUGAAGGAGCCCAUUCACAUCCCCAAGACGGCACCGGCCACGAGACAGAAGGGAAGGAGGGACGGAGAGGAUCUGGAUAGCCAGGGCGAUGGGAGCAGCCAGCCUGACACCAUUUCAAUUGCCUCACGGACAUCUCAGAACACACUGGACAGCGAUAAGCUCUCUGGCGGCUGCGAGCUGACGGUGGUCAUCCACGACUUCACCGCCUGCAACAGCACGGAGCUGACCAUCCGCCGUGGCCAGACCGUGGAAGUGUUGGAGCGGCCCCACGACAAGCCUGACUGGUGUCUGGUGCGGACCACCGACCGGUCCCCUGCCGCGGAAGGCCUGGUCCCCUGCGGCUCUCUGUGCAUCGCCCACUCUAGAAGCAGCAUGGAGAUGGAGGGCAUCUUCAACCACAAAGACUCGCUGUCCGUCUCCAGUAACGAUGCCAGCCCGCCCGCCUCUGUGGCCUCUCUCCAGCCCCACAUGAUGGGGGCCCAGAGCUCCCCGGGCCCCAAGCGCCCGGGCAACACGCUGCGCAAGUGGCUGACGAGCCCGGUGCGACGGCUGAGCAGCGGCAAGGCCGACGGGCACGUGAAGAAGCUGGCGCACAAGCACAAGAAGAGCCGGGAGGUCCGCAAGAGCGCCGAUGCCGGCUCGCAGAAGGACUCGGACGACAGCGCAGCCACCCCGCAGGACGAGACGGUGGAAGAGAGGGGCCGGAACGAGGGCCUGAGCAGCGGCACACUCUCUAAGUCCUCCUCGUCGGGCAUGCAGAGCUGCGGGGAGGAGGAAGGGGAGGAGGGCGCCGACGCCGUGCCCCUCCCCCCGCCCAUGGCCAUCCAACAGCACAGCCUGCUGCAGCCGGAUUCACAGGACGACAAGGCCUCUUCCCGGUUAUUAGUCCGGCCCACCAGCUCCGAAACGCCAAGCGCGGCCGAGCUCGUGAGUGCGAUUGAAGAACUCGUGAAGAGCAAGAUGGCUCUGGAGGACCGGCCCAGCUCACUCCUUGUUGACCAGGGAGACAGUAGCAGCCCCUCCUUCAACCCUUCCGACAACUCCCUUCUCUCCUCCUCUUCGCCCAUCGAUGAGAUGGAGGAAAGGAAAUCCAGCUCCUUAAAGAGACGGCACUAUGUUUUGCAAGAACUAGUGGAGACAGAGCGUGACUAUGUGCGGGACCUCGGCUGUGUGGUUGAGGGCUACAUGGCUCUCAUGAAAGAAGAUGGUGUUCCUGAUGACAUGAAAGGGAAGGACAAGAUUGUAUUUGGCAACAUCCAUCAGAUUUAUGACUGGCACAGAGACUUUUUUUUAGGAGAGUUGGAGAAGUGCCUUGAAGAUCCGGAAAAACUAGGAUCCCUUUUUGUUAAACAUGAGAGAAGGUUGCACAUGUACAUAGUUUAUUGUCAAAAUAAACCAAAGUCUGAGCACAUUGUCUCAGAAUACAUUGAUACCUUUUUUGAGGACCUAAAGCAGCGUCUUGGCCACAGGCUGCAGCUCACAGAUUUGCUCAUCAAACCAGUGCAGAGGAUCAUGAAGUACCAGCUGCUCCUGAAGGACUUCCUCAAGUAUUCCAAAAAAGCUAGCCUGGAUACAUCAGAAUUAGAGAGAGCAGUGGAAGUCAUGUGCAUCGUACCCAAGCGGUGCAACGACAUGAUGAACGUCGGGCGGCUGCAGGGAUUUGACGGUAAAAUUGUUGCCCAGGGCAAGCUGCUCCUGCAGGACACAUUCUUGGUCACGGACCAAGACUCGGGACUUCUGCCUCGCUGUAAAGAGAGGCGGGUUUUCCUCUUUGAGCAGAUCGUCAUUUUCAGUGAACCACUUGAUAAAAAAAAGGGCUUCUCCAUGCCGGGAUUCCUGUUUAAGAACAGCAUCAAGGUGAGUUGCCUUUGCCUGGAGGAAAACGUGGAAAACGAUCCCUGUAAAUUUGCUCUGACAUCGAGGACGGGUGGUGUGGUGGAGACCUUCACUCUGCACUCGUCCAGUCCAAGUGUCCGGCAAACAUGGAUCCAUGAAAUCAACCAAAUUUUAGAAAACCAGCGUAACUUUUUAAAUGUGACCCCUGGUGGCAGACACCACUCCCCCGUGCUGGUCUCCUCUGCAGCCUCGAGCCAGGCAGAGGCAGACAAGAUGUCAGGUACGUCCACUCCCGGCCCUGCACCGCCCCCUCCCGGCAGCAGCCCCGCCCCGGAGGCCGGCCCCGGCCAGGCCGGCAGGCGCGCCCCGGGAGAGCCCGAAGGCCCCGAGCGAGAAGCGGAGCACAUCCCCAAGAUGAAGGUGAUCGAGAGCCCCAGGAAGGCCUCGGGGAAUGCCGCAGGCGCCAGCCGCGAUGCGGACGCCAGGGAGGCGCGGGCCAACCCGGAGGACAGCCGCUCGCGGAGCAGCCUGGGCUCGCUGCCCCUGGGAAAGCCCAGGCCCGGGGCCGUCUCGCCUCUGAACUCACCUGUGGCCACCGCGUUCCCUUCUCCCAUCGGCAAGGAGCCCUUUCCCCCCGGCAGCCCCCUGCAGAAGGGGGGCUCCUUCUGGAGCUCCAUCCCCGCCUCUCCCGCCAGCCGGCCGGGCUCCUUCACCUUCCCGGGGGACAGCGACUCCCUCCAGCGGCAGGCGCAGCGCCACGCGGCCCCCGGCAAGGACACGGACCGCAUGAGCACGUGCUCCUCGGCCAGCGAGCAGUCCGUGCAGUCCACGCAGAGCAACGGGAGUGAAAGCAGCAGCAGUAGCAACAUCUCCACCAUGUUGGUGACACACGAUUACACGGCAGUGAAGGAGGAUGAGAUCAACGUCUACCAAGGAGAGGUCGUUCAGAUUCUGGCCAGCAAUCAACAGAACAUGUUUCUGGUGUUCCGAGCCGCCACUGACCAGUGCCCCGCCGCCGAGGGCUGGAUUCCGGGCUUCGUCCUGGGGCACACCAGUGCAGUCAUCGUGGAGAACCCCGAUGGGACCCUCAAGAAGUCAACAUCUUGGCACACAGCACUCCGUUUAAGGAAAAAAUCUGAGAAAAAAGAUAAAGACGGCAAACGGGAAGGCAAGUUAGAGAACGGUUAUCGGAAGUCUCGGGAAGGACUCAGCAACAAGGUAUCUGUGAAGCUUCUCAACCCCAACUACAUAUAUGACGUUCCCCCAGAAUUCGUCAUUCCCUUGAGUGAGGUCACGUGUGAGACAGGGGAGACCGUUGUUCUUAGAUGUCGAGUUUGUGGCCGCCCCAAGGCCUCGAUCACCUGGAAGGGCCCUGAACACAACACCUUGAACAACGACGGUCACUACAGCAUCUCCUACAGUGACUUGGGAGAGGCCACUCUGAAGAUUGUGGGUGUGACCACAGAAGAUGACGGCACCUACACGUGCAUCGCUGUGAACGACAUGGGUUCGGCCUCGUCCUCAGCCAGUCUGAGGGUGCUGGGUCCAGGGAGUGAUGGGAUCAUGGUGACCUGGAAAGACAACUUUGACUCCUUCUACAGCGAAGUGGCUGAGCUUGGCAGGGGCAGAUUCUCUGUCGUUAAGAAAUGUGAUCAAAAAGGAACCAAACGAGCAGUGGCCACUAAGUUUGUGAACAAGAAGUUGAUGAAGCGUGACCAGGUCACCCACGAGCUUGGAAUCCUGCAGAACCUCCAGCACCCGCUGCUUGUUGGCCUCCUUGAUAGCUUCGAGACCCCCACCAGCUACAUCCUGGUUUUGGAAAUGGCUGACCAGGGACGUCUCCUGGACUGUGUGGUGCGAUGGGGAAACCUCACCGAAGGGAAGAUCAGGGCGUAUCUGGGGGAGGUUCUGGAAGCCGUCCGAUACCUUCACAACUGCAGGAUAGCGCACCUGGACCUCAAGCCUGAAAACAUCCUGGUGGAUCAGAGUUCGGCCAAGCCAACGAUCAAACUGGCUGACUUUGGAGAUGCUGUCCAACUCAACACGACCUACUACAUCCACCAGUUGCUGGGGAACCCCGAGUUUGCGGCCCCCGAAGUUAUCCUUGGGAACCCCAUCUCCCUGACCUCGGAUACAUGGAGUGUCGGAGUGCUCACAUAUGUGCUUCUCAGUGGCGUGUCCCCCUUCCUCGACGACAGCGUGGAGGAGACCUGCCUGAACAUUUGCCGACUAGACUUUAGCUUCCCAGAGGACUGCUUCAAAGGAGUGAGCCAGAAGGCCAAGGAGUUCGUGUGUUUCCUCCUCCAAGAGGACCCUGCCAGGCGUCCCUCGGCUGCUCUGGCCCUCCAGGAGCAGUGGCUGCAGGCGGGCCAAGGCAGUGGCAAAGGUGCGGGCGUCCUCGACACGUCCAGACUGACUUCCUUCAUUGAGCGGCGCAAACACCAGAACGAUGUUCGACCUAUCCGUAGCGUUAAAAACUUCUUACAGAGCAGGCUUUUGCCUAGAGUCUGA